UUUCAAGCGGAGCGGUUCGUUCGUUUUCAGCGCUCGAUUCGACUUCGAUUCGCUACGAUUCGACUCGCCUUCUCUCUCGCCUCGUGUGUCGCCCACCAAAUAUAAUAAAAAAAUUGAAUUCAACACAAAAUCCAAUCAAAUACUACUCGAAACAAAAAGUCGAGCACACACUUGAAAAUUAUACAAAUCGCAAGGCAACUAAAUACCAGGCAACGGCAUGUGGCAACAAAGAGAUUUGUGCAAAUGAAAAAUUUAUAAGCACCCCAAAAGUUGAGCAAUUUUUUACAAACCCAGAGAAUCGUAUAUUUUAUAACAAAAGCGAAACGAAAUAAGAAUACAAAAGGUGUGUUGUGCGGAGAGUGCUUUCGAAGUGUUGGCCAUAAAAAUUGUAAAAUGUUUGAGCCCUAUGUGAAAAUCAAGAAAAAGCGAAGUGUGCAUGAAAUCUAUGAAAAUGAGAAUUUAGAGCAGCAGCAGCAGCAACAGCAGCAGCAGCAGCAGCAACCUGCUACCAGCGAUAAUUGUUGCUGCGAGAACGGAGAGCCGCAGAAUGGGCCUGAAAUUGCAACUGCAACUGCAACGGCAACGGCAACAUCUGUAGCAGCAACAUCUGCGACGGCAGCAGCAGCAACAGUCGCCACAGGAGCAGCCCCCAGCAGCAGCAGCAGCGGCAACUGCAGUCGCCUGCAGCAAUUGAUAUCGACGCCACCAGUAUUAUUGCGCAGAUCGUCGCUGCAACAGCAGCAGCAACAGCAGCAACAGCAGCAACACCACCCACACACGCCAGCAGCAGCAGCAACAGCACAGCAAGCUGCGCCUUCAGUUUUGCAACAGCAUUUGGGUCACCUGAAUUACGAAAGUGGAGCAACUGCAGCGGCGGCAACGGCGGCAGCAACCAGUAGAAGUGGCUCGGCAACACUGGCGCAGCAUUUGGCAACACCCAGCAACAUAUUGCAGGCGGCAUUCGGCAGCAGCAACUUGCAACACAUACUGACCCGGUCCGCCCCCUCGCCCUCGUCCAGUGCGAUUUCCUCCAACAACUGCAGCAGCGCCUGUGCGGGCAACACGCACUACAACGGCGGCAACAGUAGCAGCAGCAGCAACAGCAGCAGCAGCAAUCACCACAGCAACAGCAUCAUUGCCAGCCGCCUGUUCGGAGCCGCCUCCUCCUCCUCCUCCUCGUCCAGCUCCUCCUCAGUGGCCGCCUCAUCAUCCUCCUCUUCAUCACACCAUCUGCAUAGCCAUCACUCGGCGCUGACCAACUCCAUAACGAAUCGCAUCAAUCAGUCCAUCAGGCGGCAUCUGAACCAGCAGCAACACCACCAUCCCCUCAGUGCGUCCUCCUCCUCCUCCGCAUCCACAUCGUCGUCAUCAUCCUCCUCCUCGUCAUCCUCCUAUCAGCAGUCGUCGGUACCACAGCAACACUAUAAUUGCGCCCAUCCUGCACAGCAGCAGCAGCCGCACCAUCACCACAGCAGCAGCAGCAGCCAUCAUCACCACCACAGCAACGGCAGCAGCAGCAACAACAAUCAACAGCAACCACAACAAUCUCCUCUGUGCCUAGUAUUAUUAGUUAAAUGCCCCAAUUCUAAGGAAUUUUGUAACGCCGCCGCAAAUUUCUGUGAUAAAAGAUUGCCGGUGAACGAAUGUCAGGCAAGCCAAACAGCUAGAGUCACCUCGAACCUGCACGCAUCCAGUAGCACGAUGGCGGUCAGCCGUGUACCCUCGCCGCCCUUGCCGGAAGUUAAUACGCCAGUCGCCGAGAACUGGUGUUACACGCAGGUCAAAGUGGUUAAAUUUAGUUAUAUGUGGACCAUAAAUAACUUUAGUUUUUGUCGGGAGGAGAUGGGUGAAGUACUCAAAUCGUCCACAUUCUCAGCCGGUGCUAAUGACAAACUGAAAUGGUGUUUACGGGUUAACCCCAAGGGGCUCGACGAGGAGAGCAAGGAUUACCUUUCGUUAUAUUUACUGUUAGUUUCGUGUAAUAAAUCAGAAGUCAGAGCCAAGUUCAAAUUUUCCAUAUUGAAUGCCAAGCGCGAGGAAACCAAAGCCAUGGAGUCCCAAAGAGCUUACCGAUUUGUGCAGGGCAAGGAUUGGGGCUUCAAGAAGUUCAUCCGCCGCGACUUCCUGCUGGACGAGGCCAACGGCCUGCUGCCGGAGGACAAGCUGACCAUCUUCUGCGAGGUCAGCGUCGUGGCGGACAGCGUGAACAUCUCCGGACAAUCCAACAUCGUGCAGUUCAAAGUGCCCGAGUGCAAGCUGUCCGAGGAUCUUGGCAAUCUCUUCGACAACGAGAAGUUCAGCGACGUCACGCUCUCCGUGGGCGGUCGAGAGUUCCAGGCGCACAAGGCCAUACUGGCAGCGCGCAGCGAUGUCUUUGCGGCCAUGUUUGAGCAUGAGAUGGAGGAGCGUAAGCUGAAUCGUGUCGCCAUAACCGAUGUGGAUCAUGAGGUUCUUAAAGAAAUGCUGCGAUUCAUAUACACGGGCAAGGCGCCCAAUCUAGAAAAAAUGGCUGAUGAUCUCCUAGCGGCUGCUGAUAAGUAUGCACUCGAAAAGCUGAAAGUGAUGUGCGAGGAGGCGCUGUGCGUCAAUCUCUCUGUAGAAACAGCAGCCGAAACACUAAUAUUAGCUGAUCUCCACAGUGCGGAUCAAUUGAAAGCACAAACGAUAGAUUUCAUAAAUACUCAUGCCACCGAUGUGAUGGAAACCUCCGGGUGGCAAAAUAUGAUCACAACACAUUCACAUUUGAUAGCGGAGGCAUUUCGUGCGCUCGCAACACAACAAAUCCCACCAAUUGGACCACCAAGGAAACGCGUGAAAAUGAGCUGAAACAACAAUGCAACAACCAAUCCAACAACAAUAAUAAUAACUACAACAGCAGCAGCAAAUCGUACACCAACAACAAUCAACAACCAGCAACAGCAACAGCAACCACAACAACAAUUAGAACAAGAAACCAACGCCAACAAUCGGAUCAACCAUUGCAAUAAGAACGAGAACUUCAUCGAUCGAUUGGCGGUCAACCUCAAGAAAGCAUACGGCAAUACUACAAACACAAUAAAUUAUGUCAGCAGCAGGAAGAUAAUGCAGAUGCAGUACCCCUUAUUGUUUCGAUUUCAAGUAAUUUAAUUCACUUUGAUAAACUUGAUUUUAAAUGUAUUUUAUUUGUUGAUUUAAUAUUACCUAUGAUUAAUAUGUUUACGAGUAAUAACUAUGAAUUAAUUUUAGUCCUAAGUCCCACACAAAAACACAACUUAAAACGAAAGCUGCAAUUAAGAAGGAAAAUUAAAACAAAAAACAAUUAAUAAUACAAACAAAAAAAGAGCAUAAAAAACAAAAACGGAAAACUAAAAUAAAAUAAAUUAAAUUUAAAGUAAAGUAAAGCGUAAAAAUAAAAAAUCAAAGGCGUGAACACAACAAGAAAUAAAGAAAUUCACUGAGAAAGCGUAACUAUUAUUAUUAUUAUAAUUAUAACGAUUAUGAUUACCGAUUACUGCGUAUAAUUACAAAGCGUACACUUUGAUUGUGAUGUAUAUUCGAUGGUAUGACUACUGAGUAACGAGUAAAUGAGUAAUGAUACGGAUAUGAUAAUGAAGUUGAUUUAUAUAUUGUGUAUAUGUAAACUCGGAACAGUUUUCAAAGCAUUCAAGGUUCAACUGCACCCACCCACCAAAAUCCACGCCCUCCCUUUCGAAACUGGGGAAUGUAAAAAUCUAUUCUUCUCCGCUGGGAGUUCCCACUGUCUUUAUAUUCUAUAUUUCAAUAUUCUCGCUGAAUUCACUUCUCUAACUUUAAUUUUAUCGUUUCCCAUUUCUCCUCUUAAGUAUUUAAAAUCAAAAACCUGUUUCUCUUUGUUUAAGCGCAAAAUGUAAUUAAUUUGUUGUACAAAACUAUGAAAACAAACAAAACAUUGUCGAAAUAAAAGCAAACAGUAGCAAUUUGUGUAUAGUAAGCAGAUAAACUGAAAAAACCAAAA